AUGUCUGCCAUCAAAGCUCGGAAGGUUCCGCUGCUGCUCUAUGGCACGGCAUGGAAGAAAGAUCAAACCAGACAACUGGUCUCCCAAGCUUUGCAGUGCGGGUUCACAGGAAUCGACACGGCGGCACAGCCGAAGCAUUAUCAAGAACAUCUUGUCGGAGAAGGUAUCCGCGAUGCAUUGAGUGCUGGCCACCUUCAACGAGAUGAUCUGUAUAUCCAAACCAAGUUCACGUCGAUUCACGGCCAGAACCCCCAGAACAUGCCCUACGAUGCAGCGAGUAGCAUCACAGAUCAAGUCAAUGCCUCGGUGGGAUCUUCGUUGCAGAAUCUGCGAUGCACCGAAAAGAUCGACGAAAAGGCAUAUCUCGACUGCCUCGUUCUGCACUCUCCUUUUCCCUCCAUGACGCAGACUAAGGAGGCCUGGAGAGCCAUGGAAAGCCACGUACCGAACGCCAUUAGGUCUCUUGGAAUCUCAAACACGUAUCAUCUGAAUGUACUGAGGGAGCUUUACGACUUCGCCACAAUCAAGCCAUCCGUUAUUCAAAAUCGUUUCUACCAAGAUUCUGGCUAUGAUCGCGACAUCAGGUUGUUCUGCAAUGAUAGAGGCAUUGUAUAUCAGAGCUUCUGGACUCUAACUGCGAAUCCUCAUCUGUUAAGAUCUGAGCUCAUUGAACUUGUCGCGAGGGAAGCAAGUGUCAGCAAACCUGUUGCACUAUACGGCUUGGUACUCGGCUUGGGAAAUGUGAGCGUUUUGAAUGGAACCACGAACGCGGAAAGAAUGCGUGAGGACCUGGAAGGACUUCAGGCAAUUCGAGAAUGGCGUGAGGCCAAUCCGCAAACCUCGACUGAAGUGCAGUCCGCUUUCGAGACUUUGUUGGGAUGA